GCCGUGGCGGAGGAGAAGGCCGUGCGAUGGCGAGCUCAAGUGUCGCACGAGCGUAGAGUAGUAUUAGAAUUCCGAGCGCAGCUCGUUCGAUAAGAUAAACAGCCGAUAUUGGUGCCCGAAACUAAGCAGCUGGCCAACUUCGCUUGCAGAUUUACCAAUCAGUCGGCGUUCGAAGCACAUUGGAGACGGAACCAAGCGGCGAGCUAAGAGGAGCAGAAGCGGAGCAGGAAAUUAGAGGACGGAACAGGACCGAACACACGAGCACACGAUGGCAGCCAGCGAGGGAUCGGCGCGCAUUCAGUUCAAGGCGCUGCGUGGAUUUCCGGCCAUCGGUGAUACCGCUGAUAAGCUGGAGACACAGGCCUUCCUCGCCGCCUCCAAGGAGAUAGUAACCGUCAUAGAGAGCUUCGGCAAACUAUUCACACCCGUGAUCAGCGACAUGAACGGAAACAUAAGCAAACUGACGAAAGCCUACGGAGCGGAUGUGGUCAAGUACCAGUAUCUGGAGGAUCUGAUCGUGCUGAACGUGAACGUGGACGACUUUGCGGCCAACGCGCUGCUCUGGCUGAAGCGCGGACUGCAGCUCAUAUGCACCUUCUUCGAGAACAUCUACAACGAUGCCCAGGCCAAGGAGGCACUGAAGCAGCAUCUGCAGGACGCGUACGAGCGCACGCUGAAGCCCUACCACGGCUUCAUCGUCCAGAGCACAAUCAAGAUCAUCUACAGCUGGGUGCCCACGCGCAGCCAACUGCUGGGCCAGGGUGACGCCCAGGCGGAGAACAUCGAGGUGCUGACCAGCUUUCUGCCGCGUAUGCGCGCCCAUCUGGACUCGAUCGAUGCCCUGCUUAAGGCGCACAACUUGGACGAUGCACGGAAGGUGUGAUCGUUCCUUAGCCUAGCCUAGCUUAGCUUAAAUAGCUUAUCCUACUUUAUUAUUUAUGCCAAUGUCCAAGUAAAACGCAGAGCCUUACUUAUAACCA